AAGUAAGAUAUGAUGGAUUGCCAUGCGUAUCACUGAGCUCAGGCAAAUGGAACUGAGGAGGUCUAACAAUAGUCUCGAAAGCGAGGCUUCCCCGUUGAUUUACACAAAAUGGGGAUUUGAAACCCCGUACUGGUGCAAGCAAACUUCUUGCCGCACUUCUGCUUGUUUGCAAGAACGAAUCUUAUCGUCUUUCAAGCGCCCAUGGCUUACAUCCCUUAACUUUCCCUAUUUCCGAGCUGAAACGCCCGCUUGUCUCGCAUAGGCGUAAUUGUUCGUGUAUAGUCGAUGUCCGAAUAGCCCUGCGUCCGUUGUCGGUCUCGGGCAUACUCCCACAGCAUGUCCGUGCUCGUGUGUACCAUAAAGUUCGCCCGCAAAGGCCAGAGCUUUUACGCAUCUCCCUCAAGCCUUCAGCAUGUUUCUCCCUUCGGAAUACUACACAAACGCAAUGAAUAGUCUGCCUGUGCUUGAUCUUCGCGAUGCGCUCCUUUUCGCCGUUGGCGGUGGUCUGGUGACCCACUUAAUCUACAAAAAAUACGAAGUGCAACCAUCAAGCUAUAUUCCGACGUUCCUCCUGCUCAUUGCGACUCCGUUUAUCUGUUCCUCCUUCCUCCCUCCACACUUCAGCUCGACAACGAAUGCCUACAUCGCGGGUUUCGGCACGUUCUACUCCUCCCUCCUCGCCAGUAUUGCUUGCUACCGUCUAUCUCCCUGGCAUCCGCUUGCGAAAUACCCUGGACCUAUUCUAGCAAAACUUUCAAAGUUCUGGAUAAUCUAUAUCAUCCUUAAGGGUGAUCAGUUACGCGUAGUCACGGAACUGCACAAAAAGUACGGUCCCUAUGUGCGCCUUGGUCCAAAUGAACUAUCUUUUGCAGAUGCGGACCUUCUUCCCGUACUCCUCGCUCCGGAUAUGCCACGAGGACCCAUGUGGGAUGGCCGCCGCAAUCCCGAUGCGCCACCAAAUCUUAUUGCCACGCGGAGCAGCGCCGACCACGCGCGCAAACGUGUUCCGUGGACUCAUGCGUUCAGCACCGCGUCUGUGCGCGAGUACCAGCCUGCUAUCACGCGUCGUGCUGGACAGCUUGCGGAGGAACUCGAAAAGCGCGCUCUAUCAGGCGAAACGGUGAACCUGGUAACUUGGAUGACCUACUUUGCAUUUGACUUCAUGGGUGACAUGGCUUUUGGUGGAGGUUUUGAGCUCAUGCGCAAUGGCGACGUGAAUGGACUGUGGAAAAUGAUGGUUGAUCGUAUUGACGCCAUCGGAUGGCAAAUGCACAUUCCUUGGGCGACGCGUCUCCUUCUCAAAGUCCCAUUCGCUACUGAGGCAGUUGUCAAAUUCCGGAAUUUCACUAUCCAAUGUGCAGCCCAGCGUAAAAUGAAGGGCUCGCACGUUAAGGAUCUGUUUUAUCAUCUCAUCAACGAAGGUCAUGAAGAGCCGAAUGCAUCAAAGCUGAGUGAGGUAGUCGUGAGCGGAGAGCUUGCUAUCGUCGCGGGAUCAGAUACCACGUCGACAACCCUCAGUGGGGUAUUCUUUUACCUACUCACAAACCCUGAAUAUUAUGCACGACUUCGUGAGGAAGUUGACGCAUACUUCCCGCUUGGCGAGGGCGAGCCAUUCGACGGAACACGCCUUGCGGAGAUGAAAUACCUAAAUGCCGUCAUCAACGAGACGUUGCGCAUUCAACCAGCAGUUCCGACCGGAAUUCAGCGAGCACCGGAGAAAGGCACUGGGGGGAAGUGGAUUGGCAAACACUUCCUAUCUGAGGGGACCGCCGUGAACAUUCCUCCGUACGUUUUACACCACAACCCACAGUACUUCUCUCCCGCACCCGACUCUUUUUGGCCUGACCGCUGGCUCCGGAACACCAAAUCUCAGUCAGGUGAUCAAGAAAAGGUUGAGAUAACACAUAAUAUCUCUGCAUUCAUCCCGUUCAGCGCCGGCCAUGCGAACUGCGCUGGUAAAAAUCUGGCUCUUGCGGAGAUGCGUGUGGUAGUCGCGCUGUUGAUGCAGAAGUUUGAUCUCCGCCUUGCCCCUGAUUACGAUCCGUCUCGCUGGGAGAAAGACAUGAUUGACUUAUUCGUUGUGAAGCCGGGAGACCUACCCGUCAUUAUCACAUUGAGGGCGUGAUGUAUUUAUUUUUCUUUCCCUGUGGCAAUUUCACUGGAAGGGUGGUUAGUUAGGUUACCACUUAUAUGACUGCAGAUUGCACCUUGUAGUGUGUAAAUUUUCAUUCCUCGUUUUGUAAACUAAUAUCUCUGAAUCAUGUAUUUGACCUUGUAUCUUACUAAACAGGCAACGCU